AGGCCAGGGGAGGCGAUGCUCGGCGCGGCCGCGGCGAGCGCUGAGUCACCCAGCCGCCCGCUCCUGCUCCCCGCGUUCGGCGCCCGCCGCCGCCGCCUUCGGCGCUCGCACCCGCCGCCCUGUGACGUCACCGGAGCGCACGGCCGAGCCGUGACGUCACAGAGGCCGCGGCACGGCGGUUGGCUGCCGCCGGUGCUCGUCGGCGGCGCAGCCCGCCUCCAGGCCCCGCGGCGGCGCGGGGGGGCCGGCGGCGGCCGGGCGGCGCGAUGCGGGCGGCAGGGCUGCGCUGCGGCACCGAGUGACCCCGAGGGACGGACGCGCGUCAUGGUGGACUACUACGAAGCGCUGGGUGUGAGCCGGAACGCCACCGCCGAUGACAUCAAGAAGGCGUACCGGAAGGCAGCGCUGAAAUGGCACCCAGAUAAAAACCCCGACAACAAGGAAUACGCUGAGCAGAAGUUCAAGGAGAUUGCCGAGGCCUAUGAAGUGCUGUCGGACAAGCAAAAGCGUGAUGUCUACGACCGUUAUGGCAAAGAUGGCCUCAUGGGUGCAGGGCCAGGGGGCUCCAGGGCUGGUGCCGGGUCCCCCGAGUUCACCUUCACCUUCCGCAGCGCUCAUGACGUCUUCCGGGAGUUCUUCGGCGGGCGAGACCCCUUUGCUGACUUCUUUGAUGAGAUGUUGCCCUUUUCCGACAUGCGAGGAGCUGGUCCCCGGCACCAUGGACCAGGCCACUUCUUUUCUCCCUUUCCAGGAUCCUCAGAUUUCUUCGCCUCGUCCUUUGGCUCCGGAGCUGACGCAGGCCUGGGCUUCCGCUCCGUCUCCACCUCCACCACCUUCGUUAACGGCAAGCGCAUCACCACCAAGAGGAUUAUUGAGAAUGGGCAGGAGCGGGUGGAAGUGGAGGAGGACGGGGAGCUGAAGUCGAUCCACAUCAAUGGCGUCCCCGAUGACAUGGCGCUGGGGCUGGAGCUGAGCCGCCGGGAGCAGCAAGGCCUCCAGAGCCGGCGGCCCCCCUCAUCCCCGGCACCCGCCCCACGCCAGCCCCAGAGCUCCUCGCCUGUCUGCCUCUACACGGACAGCGAGGACGAGGACGAGGACUUGCAGCUGGCCAUGGCCUACAGCCUCUCCGAGAUGGAGGCAGCGGGGCACCACCGAGCAGGUGCGCAGCGCCCCGGCGUCCCGCAGCGGGGUGCCCCGCUGGCACCGGCGAGCGGCCCCAGCACCCCCAGCACCGGCAGAGCCCACGGUCCCCGGGGUGGGCAGGAGCCGGAGCCACCCGGGGCCGGCAGCCCCCUCGCGCCGGGGCACGAACCUGCUCCCAAACCCAAGCAGUGGCACUGCCCCUUGCUCUGAGCAUGGUGCAGGGGGCCGGGGCUGUGCCCCCCUGGAGCGGGGCGCUGGGGGCAGCCGCUCGACCUCUGUGGGGCGUGGGGAGGAAAGGGUGGCCCCGUCGCCCCAUCGCUGCCCGGGGCUCGGCUGCACCCUCAGCUCCUGCUGCCUCUUUGCUCCUCGGUGAGGGGUCGUGGCCGUGUCCCCCCGGUUCUGCCUGUCCUUGCCUGCACUGGGGGGUCCCCACAGCCCUUAGCUGGUUUUGCCCCGUGCUGGGGGUGGGCAGAGCCUGGCGCUGCCCCCAGGGGGAGCUGGGGGGCACCCCCUGCCCCGCGCAGCCCUCUGACGGCACGGGGGCCCCUGCGCGACUGUCUCUUGCUGCUGGCUCUGCGCAGAGGGGGCUGGGGUCGGGCCCCCCUGGCCCUGCAGGGCAGGGUGCACACGUGGACGCUGCUUGGUGCCUUGUGUCCGUCUCUCUCCCGUCUACCCCCUCCUCCUCCUCCAUCACUCCUGCUGCAGACCCCGCCUGCCUCCCCCACUGCCUCCCCUCCAGGUAACCCCCAUCCCUGCGCCCCACGGGGCACUGUCACCCUGGGGGGCACCGUCCCUCCCCGCCCAAUGGCUUCUUGCGGCAGUGACCCCCUGCGCCGCUUGCAGGCCCUUCCCGCCUCCUGCUUUGGCCGCGGUUUCCUUGGACCCCUGGCUGUUUCCUCUGUGGCUGGUGCCCGCGUGCGGCCAGCCAUGGGGCAGGCACAGGCUUUGCCCCUGGCUCCUGCGCGAGGUGAGGACAUGGCCCCGCUUGCAGGUAGAGGCCGGCUGCUGCGCCAUGCCUUGGCUCUCCUCCUCCUCCUCCUCCUCACCACGGCCCUUCCUCCACGCCCCCGCCGCUGCCCGGCGCUCGGGCUCACGGAUGUGUUGUGCCCCCCCACCCCGCUUGUC